CUCCGGUUCUGGUCGGCCUGGCUGUAUGCUAGAAAACAGGCUUGGACUUCGGGCGGCUUGCUGGGGCACGGCCCGGAGAUGUACUCUGUAAACAGCGUCAGGCGCACCGCAGGCGGGUGGUUCAGAGAGCACAUUUUCUACACCGCAGGUGAACGGGGCGGGGCCGCCCGAGUCAGGGGGUAUUACAACUUGUCCUGUGUGGGCCGCCUCCGAGAGGCAGGCUCAGUCAGGGCUCCUUCUCGCCCCAGAGCAUUCCAAAGAGCGGGGCAGUGGUUGAGUCAGUCCGGAGGCGCCUACCACGCGGAAGCUCGCCCACGCGGGAGACCCAGCCUACGCCAGCUCCGCCUCAGCCACAGGUCUCCGAAGCUCCCCAGCGUUUCGUGCCGGCGCCACCCGAGCCGCACGUGGGAGCCCCGAGGCGGUCCCAGCGCUCCCCAGCCCAGCGCCCGCGCCGCGCCGCGAAUUCUGGGGGACCGGACCCAGGCAGGAAGCGCCGUCGGGACCCGCCCCCUGCCCGCCGGAGGCGGAAGUUCUGACCCCGGCCGGUACGUCGCCCUCCGCGGGCCGCGCCGCACCAUGCUCCGCGGACCCGAGCGCCUCGUCAAGGUCUCCGUGGCGCCGGUCGCGGCCCUGGCUGUGGCGCUGCUCUCGUCGCUCUCGCGCUGCUCCCUCCUGGAGCCGGAGGAUUCCGCGGUCUCGGCGCUCAGCCCUUACUUCGGCACCAAGACCCGCUACGAGGAUGCCAACCCCGGGCUGCUGGCGGACCCCGAGGCGCCGCGGAGGGACCCCGAGCUGUUGGAGGACACCUGCACCCCAGUGCAGCUGGUGGCCCUCAUCCGCCACGGCACCCGCUACCCUACGGCCAAGCAGAUCCGAAAGCUGCGGCAGCUGCACGGCCUGCUGCAGGCCCGCAGGCCCGGCGACUGGCGCGCUGGCUCCGCCGGCGGCCGCGACCUGGGCGCCGCGCUGGCCGACUGGCCCCUGUGGUACGCGGACUGGAUGGACGGGCAGCUGGUGGAGAAGGGGCGGCAGGACAUGCGACAGCUGGCGCUGCGCCUGGCCUCCCUCUUCCCGGCUCUCUUCAGCCUCGAGAACUACGGCCGCCUGCAGCUAGUCACAAGCUCCAAACACCGCUGCGUGGACAGCGGCGCCGCCUUCCUGCAGGGGCUGUGGCAGCACUACCACCCCGGCCUGCCGCCUCCCGACGUCGCAGACAUGGAGUGUGGACCUCCAAGGAUUAAUGAUAGACUAAUGAGGUUCUUUGAUCAUUGUGAGAAGUUUUUAACUGAAGUGGAAAAGAAUGCUACAGCUCUUUAUCAUGUAGAAGCCUUCAAAACUGGACCAGAAAUGCAGAACAUUUUAAAAAAGGUUGCAGCUACUUUGCAAGUGCCAGUCAACAAUUUAAAUGCAGAUUUAAUUCAGGUAGCUUUUUUUACCUGUUCAUUUGACCUGGCAAUUAAAGGUGUUAAAUCUCCUUGGUGUGAUGUUUUUGACAUAGAUGAUGCAAAGGUAUUAGAAUAUUUAAAUGAUCUGAAACAAUAUUGGAAAAGAGGAUAUGGGUAUACUAUUAAUAGUCGGUCCAGCUGCACCCUGUUUCAGGAUAUCUUCCGGCACUUGGACAAAGCAAUUGAACAGAAACAGAGGUCUCAGCCAAUUUCCUCUCCAGUCAUCCUUCAGUUUGGUCAUGCGGAGACCCUUCUUCCACUGCUCUCUCUCAUGGGCUACUUCAAAGAUAAGGAGCCCCUCACAGCUUACAAUUACAAGGAACAAUUGCAUCGCAAAUUCCGAAGUGGCCACAUUGUGCCCUAUGCCUCGAACCUAAUAUUCGUGCUCUACCACUGUAAAAAUGCUAAGACUCCUAAGGAGGAGUUCCAAGUGCAGAUGCUGCUGAAUGAGAAGGUGUUACCAUUGGCUCACUCACAAGAAACUGCCUCCUUAUACGAGGAUCUGAAGGACCACUACAAGGACAUCCUUCAGAGCUGUCAUACCAGGGAAGAGUGUGAAUUACCAAAGGUGAACAAUACGUCUGAUGAGCUAUGAGUAACUGGAGAACAUUGUUCAUUCAUCGGGGAGUGAUUCAUAGGGAGUGAUUUACAUGCUUGGAAUAUGUGGGCAAUCCAUGGUUGCAGAAGGCUUUCACAAUACUUGAGUAUUUCUGUCUUUUCACAGAAAAAUGUUGAAUUUCUUUUUGAAUCUGGACAUGGAUGUGUAAGAAACUACUUUUCACUGGAGCAGCUCUCUUAGGAGAAAAAAAAUCUAUUUAAAGAAAUAGCUGGCACUGGAAACAUUUACAGAAAUCAGAUACUAUUUAUAUAAGAAAUCUCACACUGAGAUAGAAUAUGAUUUCAAAAUGGUACUUGACAGUGCUGGACUCACAGCAUAUGUCAUUUGGAUGAUCAAAGCUUGGUGGGACUAAGUGUAGGAACUUUCCAGUUGUGAUGCCCUUCUCUGCCUUUCGCUCAGCACAGUUCUGGCAUCAUCAGUCUUCAUCAGAAAUAGUGUGGUGCCCGGGACUACUUUAGAAGAAAGGUGACCUCUCUCUAGUUAAGAAUUUGAAACAAUAUUAAGAAACAGAGUGUGAUUUUCAAAGGACACCUUCACUGAAGGAAGACAAAAAGUAUAAUAAAAUAGAUAUUUUUGUUAAUAGUAUUUAUAAAGUAUUCGAACGCUUUUUCAAUAAUUCCUUUUAACCUUCUAGUAAAUCUUGCAAGGCCUUUCUUUAAUUAUUAUCCUACCUGUUUUACAUUUAUAACAAUGGAAGGACAAAGAGGACCAUUAGCAACAAGGAAUAUGGAUAGAAUCAGAGUUUCUUAAAUCCAUUGCUUUACAGUUUUUUUCAUGCUGUCGUUUUGCUUCUAUUUUUAUAUUUUGCUAUUAUGUGAAAUGUAUCUUUUGGUUAUUACUUUUCCAUUCUUUUUUUUCCCCCCUAAGUGAAGACUUCAUCCUGGCUGGGUUAGUUUCACAGAUCUGAACCCAUUUCAAACAGAUACUUCUGAGUUUUGUCAAAUGCCAUGAAAGUGUUUGCUAUAAAAAUAAACAGAAUUCUUGUGACUUUACUACCAGGUCUUUUCUGCUGUGUUGAUAUACAAUCCGUAAUUGAUGAUAAAAGGUUGGAGCUUCAAGCAGCUUUGACAAAAUCAGGCAAUAUAAGGCAAUUUUCUUCUAUUAGAGAUUUACUCAAGUAAAUUUCUUCUUUAAGAAAAAUGGAAAUACACUUCAUUAAAAAUCUUAAUAAGAAAUAUCACAACUACAUAUUGAAAUUAUAAAAGAUGCAUAGAUCAUCUGUUGAUCAUUGAUCUUCAAAUGAAUUACAUCCAUAAAAUAGGUAGUCAGCUGGUAUGUACUGCUGAUGGACCCAUGCACUGCUGAUCCUGCAACGGACUGCUCUUCUCUUACUUUUUCUUUUUCUUUUUAAUUUGUAAAUGCGUGGAGAAGAAGAGAAUAAUAUAACAAGCAUUCAUGUCCACCAUCCUGUUUCAUCAAAGUAACAUUGUAACGUGGCUUAGAUCCAAGUAAGAACAGUUGAGUUCUUUUUUGUGUUCUGUGCCUAGAGAUAACCACCAACAUAAAAUUCAGUAUUCACCAUUCCAUUGCAUGCUUGACUCGAAACUUAUAGUAUUGUGGGGAUUUUUGAAUUUUCUAUAAAAUAACCAUCUUGAAUAUCA